GUGGUUCAAUGGUUUCUUAUCUUUAAAGUCAACGCGGAUGAUAAAACGGCUUUGCAGCGUGUGUUUUUGGAAAUAUAAUGGCAGAGGAGAGAAGAAAAGUCACACAUUGAGGAGAAAAAGAGUGUGAAGUUGCAGACACUUACACAACAAACCCCGCCCCCUCCUGCCCCGCCCCUGAGAAACUUGAGCGAGUGAGCGUUGCUAAACGAAAAGAACGUCAUGGAGAACGCCACAGAGGAGGGAGGAGCUACCGCCGAGCUCAACAAGGAAGAGGCGGAGCCAAGAGAGAAAGUACCUCAACAGGAGCUGAAAGAAGCCAUGAACGGCGUGCUGGAGGAGGCCAAGGAGGCGGCAGGAGGAGAGGAGUUGUCGUCCAUCAACGCCAUGAUGUCAGCCGUGAUGUCAGCGGGGACCAUCAACGGAGGCGACGCAGAGAACGGCAGUGGAGCCGCCUCGGUGAACUCCUCCGCAGGCCCCUCCCCCAGUCCCUCGCCCGGAAAGCUGGUGACGGCCGCCACGAGAGCUCCGCCCAGCCGCAACGCAAGACGCAACCAGGACGCCAAAGACGAUAGCUCCGCCUUCAUCUGUCCGCUCUGUGACAAGAACUGCCAGACUCAGCACCAGCUGACCAUGCACAUUCGACAGCACAACGCCGACACCGGCGCCACGGAUCACUCCUGCAGCAUCUGCGGGAAGUGCCUGAGCUCGGCCUCGUCGCUGGACAGACACAUGCUGGUGCACAGCGGCGAGCGGCCGUACAAAUGCAGCGUCUGCGGGCAGACCUUCACCACCAACGGAAACAUGCACAGACACAUGAAGAUCCACGAGAAGGACCCGGCCAGCGGCCUGCCGCCCAUCAGCAGCCCCCCCUCCCCCACCAAGCGCCGCCGCCCCUCCGUUAAGAGGAGGCAGGGCCACGACGAGGAGAACGACGACGAACCCCAGAGCAAGAAGGUGAUGGAGGACGGCGUGGCCGAGGAGGAGGCUGUGGGGGCGGGGCUGGGCUCGGAGGAGGAGCUGCUACCGUGUCCAAUCUGCUUCAAGACCUGCAGCUCCAGACUGGAUCUGGAUGCUCACAUGGACUCGCACCCUGACACCGCCCUGAGGUGUGACCUCUGCUGCUUGUCUUUCCGAACGCACCGCGGCUUACUGCGCCACAACGCGGGGGUCCACAAACUCCUCCCCCAGGACCCCAACGGCCGCCCCUUCAUCCAGAACAACCCCUCCAUCCCCACUGGCUUCAACGACCUGGCGUUCAUCGACUUCUCCUGCAAGAAGUUUGCUCAGAUCGCGCAGGUUUGGUGCGAGACGAAUCUGCGGCGCUGCAUCAGUAAGUUCCAUCGCUUCGUCUGCGACGGCUGCGACAAGGCCUUCCCUCUGCGUUCGGCUUUGGAGCUGCAUAAAAGCACCUCCCACCCCGACGCUCCUGCCGCCACCGACGGCGCCAAAGAGAAGGCCGAAGAGGACAGAGCCACAGAAAACGGCGUGGGAGGGCAGGAUACUAAAGACCCGCCCCCAAUUCAGGCCAACUUCCUGGAGGGUUUGGGCCUCCUGCACGUGUCAAAGGUGAAGUCUGGCCCCACUGACGACGAGAUCCACCAGGCCUACCUGGACAGUAUAAAGGUGAUUCACGUGGAGCCGCCGUCCUCCAGCCUCCCCCAGGAGCCCGCCUCUGGCUUCCUCUCUGGGGGUCUGGGGUUGACCUUGGGUCUGGGGGGGCUGGCCGCUCUGAGUAUCCCGCUGCUGGAGGCGUCCGGCUCUGUCCUGCAGGGUUUGUCUCAGGGGGACGCGCUGCGCCUGCUGUCCCUGCAGCCUUUCCAGAAGGGCUUCCUGCUGCAGCCUGACGGGGGCGUCACCGCCGCCAGCGCCGCCUCCUCAGGAGCCAAGCCCGGGGAGGCGGGCGGCGGCGAGAUCAUGGAGCUGGCAGACAUCCAGCAGAUCCUUAAAGUGGCAGCCGCUGCGCCCAAUCAGAUGGGACUGCCGCCUCUGGCCAAAGCUCCAGGAUUCGCUGCAGGUCCGAGUCAGAAGGCGAUGCCCCCACUGAAACCCAAACCCCCCAACAGCCCUUGUUCCAGCCUGACAGCAACCACCCCGCCCCCCCUGCAGAGCUCGCAGCAGGCCUCUCUGGGCUGCAUCAGCCCCGGCCUGCCGCCCCCCACCCCCUACAAGGCGUCCCCGUCAGCUGGGACUGCGGGACAGGGGGAUGCAGAGAGCCUGGGUGACUCCCCGGUCUCCGACUCCCCACCCACCGCCAUCACAGCCGUGAACGAGGAGGCGGGGCUCGGAGGGAGGAAGCUGGGGACAAAAGCGGGGGGCGGCGCCGGCUCGGUCAAAGGCUCGUACCCCUGCCGCUUCUGCAACGAGGUGUUCGCCUUCUCCGGCGUCCUGCAGGCUCACAUGCGCUUCCACCUGGGGAUCAUCCCCCACCAAUGCAACAUCUGCGACUACGUGGCGCCGGACAAGGCCACGCUGAUCCGCCACCUGCGCACGCACAGCGGGGAGCGGCCGUACGUCUGCCGCGUCUGCCACUACCCCUUCACCGUCAAGGCCAACUGCGAGCGCCACCUCAGAAAGAAGCACGCCAAGACGUCCAGGAAGGACAUCGAGAAGAACAUCAAGUACGUCACCUCCACCACCACCACCAUCUCCGCCCCCAUCACCCCCACAGCGGACUCGGAGAUGGGCUGUGCCGGAGCGGAAACCACCUGUCGCUUCUGCGGCGAGGACCUGAAGAGCUACCGCGCGCUGCAGAUCCACCUGCGCACGCACAACGGCUGCCAGAAGAAGCCGUUCGAGUGCCGGCGCUGCGGCGCCGCCUUCCUGGCUAAGCGGAACUGCAUCCACCACCUGCUGAAGCAGCACCCUGAGGUGCAGGAGCGGGAGAUCGAGGAGCACAUCGCCACGCUGCUGCCCGCCAGCACCGUCAUGGCCGCACGCAGCACCGCCCAGCUGCCCCCGAACGGGCUGAUCCCAGUUCAGGUUCUGUCGGCGGUGAAGGUGGAGGAGCUGCCCCACCUGGUCUACCCCGCAGACCUGGACCAGCCGCUCGACUUCUCCGCCAAGGGCCGCAGCAGCCGGGGGGGUUCUCCCUCAGUCAAGGUGGAGAGCUUCGACUGCUCCGCCCUCGACCAGCCCAUCGACCUCUCCAUCCCCAGCAAGCGGCAGCGGAGGGAGGCGGGGCCUGACAUGACGGACAUCAAGACAGAGCAGAGCGGCGGCUUGGAGCAGACGUACGCCCUUGCUUUGUCCAAGGACGAGAAGGCGUUGGGGGGGCUGCACCCCCACCCCCAGCUGGGCUGCUAUCAGCUCCCGCCGGGUUCCACGCCACCCCCCGCCCCGCUUGCCGGCCCACCCCGUGCCCAGCGCCUCAAACCGCUGCUGCCUAAACCCACCUCCACCGCAUCCCCGCCCUCCCUGAAGGAGCUGCCCCCGCUGGCGUCCAUCGCUCAGAUCAUCAGCUCCGUCUCCACGGCGCAGGACCUGCUGAAGAGGGAGGCGGCCUCUCUGGACGGAAAAACCCAUCUGCCCGCCGCCUCUUUAAACCCCCCCGUAGACGCCGCCGGAGCUGCAGCCGCUCAGAGCGAGGAGGCGCCCGACUGCAGAAGGCGGUCCAAGAAGAAGCCAGCCUCGGUGGGGGGGAAGGAGAAGCCCGGCGCCAUCGACCUGGAGUCCAGCGGCGAGUUCGCCAGCGUGGAGAAGAUGCUGGCCACCACCGACGCCAACAAGUUCAGCCCCUUCCUGAAGACCGGAGCGGGAGACCUGUCUGGAAAGAAAGACUCGGACAGGACGGCAGGAGGAGGAGAGGAGGAGGCCGGAGCAGCAGAGGAGGUGAAGCCUGCAGCUCCGCAGUCCAAAGGGAAGAAGAACGCCUACUCCAACUCUGUCCAGAAGAUGACCUGCCCCUUCUGCCCACGCGUCUUCCCCUGGGCCAGCUCGCUGCAGCGCCACAUGUUGACGCACACCGGUCAGAAACCGUUUCCAUGUCCGCGCUGUGACGCGUUCUUCUCCACCAAGUCCAAUUGUGAGCGCCACCUGCUGCGCAAACACGGCGUGACCCACAGGACGCUGCGGCGCAACGGCAUCAUCGAGAAGAAGGACGGAGACGAGGGCUCGCACGAGAGCGCAGAGAGCCAGUCGGAGACGGAACAGGUGGCACCAGAUGCACAGCAACAAGUCAAUGUGGCCGCCAACCCAGUCCCCGCCCCCACCGUGGAAAACCCCUCCCCCCACGAAAGCACACAACUAAGCCCCGCCCACAAAUCUAACCAAGACUGCAGCCUGACUGCAGAGCAGCCGCAGGAGGAAACCCCCGAGCAGCACGACCAGCAGGAGGCGCAAGAGCCCCCAGCUGCUCCUGCAAAGCAGCAUCCACAGAGUGGAAAGGUGGAAAGCACCGAUGAUGAAGACUGUCACAGCAACAAGAGUCUGGACCUAAACUUUGGCAAAAAGCUCAUCGACUUUAAGCUCACCACCUCGUCCUCAGGCUCCGCCCCUCAGGACGAACAGCCCACCUCCUCCUCUGCACCCUCUGCCUCGGCCACGCCCGAGCCGACGGAGAGCCCCGAGGAGAAGGAGAAACCGUCGGCCGGCAGCCCCUCUCUGAGGUCGGACUCAAAACACGUCUGCCACGUCUGCAAGAAGAGCUUCCGCUACCCCACCACCCUCGCUCGCCACGAGAGAGCACACAUCUCUGAGGAGACGCCCUCAGACGAAGCCCCGCCCACCCAGACGGAGGAGCCAACAGAGAGCAAAGCUGCUGACGAGGAGACAGAAGACAAAGAGCUGGAGAUGGAGGAAGGAGGGAAGGGAGGAGACAGCGAAGGAGGAGAGAGCGGAGAGUCGGAGGAGGAGAAGGAGAAGGAGGAGAGGAGCGACGAGGAGGCAUCAGAACCAAAGAGCGCCGAGGGAGGGGAGGCGGCGGGGGGGCGCGUCGACAAGAGGAAGAAGAUCUGCAGCGUGUGCGGGAAAAGGUUCUGGUCCCUGCAGGACCUGACCCGGCACAUGAGGUCGCACACAGGGGAGCGGCCGUACAAGUGUCAGACCUGCGAGAGGACCUUCACGCUGAAGCACAGCCUGGUCCGGCACCAGAGGAUCCACCAGAAGCUGCGCGGCGCAGACGGAUCCUCCGUCGCCAACGACUACGCCAGCGAGGACGGGGACUCCUGCACCCCCACCCCCACCUCCACCUGCCCCCCCUCAGAGAACGAGAGCGAGUGCGGCAGCACCAUCGUCGGGGCCAAGGAGCUGGAGGAGGAGGACGCUGCGAAGGAGGACGGCGAGGGUCAGCGGGAGGAUCCGCCCGCCACCGAGGCCGACGUUCCCGCCGAGCAGCCCGACUCGGAACCUGAGGAGCCGGACUCUGCAGCGCCCUCCGCUGACCAGACUGAGCAAGCUACUGAAUCAAAGACGAGCAUCGACGCCCAACCAACACCCCCCAAAGAUCUCCCCCCAGCUGGAGACGCCGCCACCGGCCCCAGCACGCAAGGCUUCAUCCAGGGGCUGCUGGAGAUCCACAGCAAGCCCCCCCUGGAGCACAUAGUUCCCAACGGAAAGCCUCCUCUGGUGGGGGUAGACUGAACCCCCCCUCAGCCAGCAUCACCGCCGUGCCAUUAAUGAUGCAAACCCAGCGGGGAGAGUCCCGGCGGACGGACGGAAACCGCCUUUUCUUGAAGUGCCUUAACUACUAGUCCUCCGUGAACAGAGUCUGCGUGGAGGCGGAGUUCCUUUUAUAGCUUUUUAUGAUGACAAUGAUCUUUUUGGUUUUUUCAUGCGGGGAAUCUAGACUUCAGCAAUAAAAUUAAUAUACGAUCGCAGAUAUUAUCGUUCUAGAUUUUUUUUUGAGUUGAUGAUCAAAUUCAGAGAAGACCUGAAGCAGACUGUCGGCGUCGCAGACACCCCCCUCCCCCUCCCCCAGCGCCGGCUUUCAGUUUUGACAUGUCUCAGAGGCGAGGUUCGUGUGGCCGCUUCACCAGCAAGUCUCUCACUGUGACCCGGAGGAGGUCGUAACUGGAAAACGCAGAAGGUCGGCUGGCGGCCGACCCCAUCUCUUUGCUGAGUCAGCAAACGCGGACGCUCACGAACUCAUCACUUCUGUGAGAAGAAGAACUCUGAGGGCAGGAAUGGAGCUUUGCUCUCCUCGUUAAACUAUCACACUAUUGAUCCCUCACCCCUCCCAUUUUUUUCGUUCUUGAAUUAUACUCCUCAGUUGAUUCCAUGUGUGUAUAAAAGUUUUGUUUUUCAGCAUGUGUGCGAUUAUCCGUGAUAUUUAGGUGUGGGGAGGUGAAUAAUUAGUUUUUUUAAAUAACUGAACAAAUCAUUUUGUGUGUGAAUGUGUGCCACCCUUCCACCCGUAGUGUUACGUUAGGGUUAACGUCAGGGCCUCCAGCGCUAACGCCUCAACCUCCACCUAUGACCUGCAGCCGUGAAGGCUUCAGGCAGCAGCUCCGUGUGCAGACUCUGAUCGCUCGUCUUCCAUAAGGUGCCUCGCAGGGUACCGUCAGGGAAGCUUCACAUGAACUCAAGCUAGCUCGAGCUAGCGGCUUAGACAACAGCUACUUGAACCAAUUAGCAUCUCCAAAAUAAAAAUAUUGGAGGGUUAAGUGUUUUUCAGCUCAGAGAAGGCAAGUGUAGCCCUAACAUUUGCUGUAUCAAGUUACUGAUAUUAGCUAAGAUAUACUUGCCUAAAUUAGCUCAAAUAGCGGUUAAGUCUGACCUGUAGUUUUGCUAAUCAUAACAACAACAUAACAACUAAAUAAAAGUCAUAAAUUGGUGAAAAUUGGUGAGUUUCAGGAUUUUAUGUUAGCUUAAUGUCACCUCUAAGUGCAGCUAGCUAAGCUACAUGUGCUUGUCUGUUUUAGCUAGCUAGCUAGAUUAACUGUAAGCUAGAAAAUAGUUUUAAAGCUAAUUUGGCCUCCGCCUGAUUGAGCUUCAGCCCUAAAAUUCAUGCUAGCUCUGUGACAAUAACAGACUUGACAAGCUAACCAUGAAUACUCGCUGGCUAGUGUCAGAGUUCGUGGAGGUUCCCUGACGUCCCGCAGCGCCUCACGUUCUUAGCCUAAACCUCAACUGGACCAGGCCGAGAAAAAGCUGCAUUUUCCUAACAUGCGAAGCUUGUCCUCUCAAUGUUUAGACCAACAGAAGGAGGUCAGCUUUAGAGACAAUCAGUUUACCCGUUGGAAAGCCUUUCCUAAAAGCUAGCCAAAGGGCUAGCUAACCUCAUGUAGUGUAACCUGAUAGGCCGGGGGGGCAGGUUUUGUAUGGUUUGUGUGCAGAUCAGUAUAGCCAGUUUUUCUAUGUCUUAGUUAUUUGUUGUUUUUCUAAACAUUAACCAACCUCGUAAACAAAUCCAGCCUGAGCAGAUGUGGCCGCACAGGCCGGUUGAAGCACAAAAAGCACAGCUUCUGGGAUGGACAGCUUCAGACCUCCCGCUUACUCCUGUUUGUAUGAAUUCUGCGCGACACAAUCAAGAGGGAGUCGGCCGCGUCCUUCAGACUGUUCACACUAGAGACCUCCACGUCCCAGCAGCCUCUAAGGAGGAGAUGUCUCAUUGUCGUUUGGCUUUAGCGCUUAGCUAACACUAUUGGUUUUUUUAGCUAAAGAUGCUAACCUGAUCUGAUCUGAUUCUCGUUUCCUAGUUUUGAAGUAAACUGACUAAUAAAAGUCUAAAGUGAAAGUGAAAAGCCACAUUGCUAAAGGGCUACACUCUUUUUGGUGAGGCCUCCUGCAGGAGGUGCUACUGCCUCUGUGUGAACCUCUGAACGGUCCUGUUGGUGCUCUGCUCCCUCUGCAGUGGAAACGUGCACUCACCUGACUGUGUGUGUGUGUGUGUGUGUGUGUGCGCGCAGCCGCAAGAAUACUGGACUUCCACUCGAAUGCAUGUGAAUUGUUUUUAGGUGUAUUUAUUUGGAGGUCAGGCGUGCGUGUGUGAAUGUGAGCCGUGUUUCUAUGAUGAUCGAGAAGAAGCCAUGUGUGAAAAUCUCACUUUGAUGCUGCAGAACUGUUAUGAGGAACUGGUGGUUUUGUGUUGUGGACUCCACGGUCCAGCGGGCCGGCAUACAACUCGCAAUAAGAACCUCUGAAUUCAAAAGCUUUAUGUAGAUCUGAGGGUUGAUUCUGUCUUUAGUUUAGAGUUUUUCCUCUAUGAUUUGUAAAUGCAUAUAAAACUGUGAAAAUCCACUGUUCAGUUAAAGGGUGACUUUUAGGUUAGAUUUUUUUUUGCAUGUCAAUCUAAUGUGUUCAGUUAUGGAUAAUUUCUCUCUUUUCAUCUUCUACACAUAUAUAAAUAUAAAACUCUAUGUAAUCUCGCUCUCAGGGUCUUUCACACAUUGGAAAUGCUUUUGUUUUCUCCUUUCCUGAGCGCAUCCAGCCCGGAUUCACCCUCACUCUGCCCUUUUUGAAAAUCCACGUCUCGGAUCUGUAAAUCACUACAUUCAGCACUUGACUGUGAACUCACCGCCACCUAACAGAAGACGAGCUUUGAUGCGACACUCUUCGUCCCCCGUUUUCUCCAUCGAUCAUGACGUUCACGUGCACUGGACCUCAGUCACGCAGCAUUAACCCGACUGUCCUCCUGUGGUGGCCUCCUUUAGCGCCUCCUGCUGUUAGAAAACGUGGCAGUGUUUCACUAAGUCAAGAGAUGUAAACCUCUGUAUUCAAACCAAUAGAAAAAGCAAUAAAGGCUAUAUUAAGAAA